UUAAAGCAGUUCGCUCUCCUUCUCUCUGCCAGUGGAUUAGUAGGAGCAGAGAGUCAUGCUGUUUCUCCCAUUUUCCACAGUUCACCGGAGGUAAAAGGACUCUGGCUGGAGGCCCUCCGAGGACAGAGCCGAGGCCACACGGGAGCGAAAUUCAUCACUGGACAGUCAGCCCAAUCGCUCAUGAAGCUGAUAAGCAGCUGCAAUGUGUCAAAAACACUAAAUGCCAAUAAUAUGGAGGCAUUAACUGAAUGUCAAUCAGAGGGUGAUAUCAAGGAACAUCCUCUGUUGGUAUCAUGUGAGAGUGAAGAGAGUAUUUGCCAGCUAAUUGAAAUUAAGAAGACAAAGAAGGUGCUGUCCUGGCCCUUUCUCAUGAAAAGAUUUUCUCCAUCAUCAGAUUUUUCUGGGGCUUCAGAGCCAGAAUUGAAAGUGUCGCUGUUUGAUCAGCCCUUGUCAAUUAUCUGCGGUGAUGAUGACACACUCCCGAGACCCAUUCAGGAUAUUCUCACUAUCCUGUGCAUAAAAGGUCCUUCCACGGAAGGGAUAUUCAGGAAAGGAGCCAACGAGAAGGCCCGCAAAGAGCUAAAGGAAGAGCUCAACUCAGGAGGCGUGGUGGAUCUGCAAAGUCUCCCUGUGCACCUGCUGGCGGCGGUCUUUAAGGACUUCCUCCGGAGUAUCCCCCUGAAGCUCCUUUCCUGUGACCUGUUUGAGGAGUGGAUGGGCGCCCUGGAGAAGCUGAAUGAGGAGGACAGGAUUGAGGCCCUGAAACAGGUUGCCGAAAAGCUGCCCCAGCCCAAUCUCCUGCUACUGAAGCACCUGGUGUCCGUGCUCUAUCUGAUCAGCAAGAACGCGGAGGUCACCAAGAUGGACGCUAGCAAUCUAGCCAUCUGCGUGGGACCCAACAUGCUGAGCCGAGAGAAUGACCAAAACCUGUCAUUGGAAGCCCAGAAAGACUUGAACAAUAAGGUUAAGACGUUGGUGGAAUUCCUCAUCGAUAACUGCCUUGAAAUAUUUGGGGAGAACAUUCCGGUGCAUUCCAGCAUUGCUUCCGAUGACUCCCUGGAACACACCGACAGUUCAGACAUGUCGACCCUGCAGAAUGACUCAGCCUAUGACAGCAACGAUCCUGAUGUGGAAUCCAGCAGUGCCAUCGACUCUCCAAGCAGGCGGCCCCAGGUGCCCUCGGAGACGGCCGCUAGCUUGGAGCCCAGAGGCCCCGAGCGCACUUGGGAGUUAAGCCGGGAGCCCAUCGUCAGUACUGUAGCCAGGCUGAAAAGCUCCCUGAGUCAACUCGACAGGAGGUACUCAGAACCCAACAUGCCCUCCUCACAAGAAUGCCUUGAGAGCCGGAAAACAACCCAAAAACUAACGCGAAGUGAGGAUGACUUCACCAUGGCCCGCAACAGCUCUCAUUUUGAAAGUGAGGAAGCUGAGGACCCAUUUCCAGAGGAGGUGUUUCCUGCAGUUGAAAGCAAAACCCAGAGGCCACAGGACCUGAAGGUGAAGUACUGGACUCAGGGUUCAGGGUUACCAUCGGGGCUGGUGCCCAAAGCUUUCUCCAGUGGCUCUCUGGAUGCUUCCUCUGACAGCUCCCCCAUGGCAUCUCCUUCCAGUCCUCAAAGAAGUUUCUUCACCAGACAUCAGUCUUUCACAAAGACUGAGAAAAGCAAGCCCAACAGAGAAAUUAAAAAGCAUUCUAUGUCAUUUUCCUUUGCCUCUCACAAAAAAGUACUGAGCAAAACCUCCAGCUUUGGGUCUGGGAAACCCAAAGGGUUUCCCAGAGACCAAGCAAGGAAAGAUUUGAAGAAAGAGAGCCAGCUUGCUGGCCGAAUCGUCCAGGAAGACUUGUCUGAAAUCCACGGCCAAACUAAUCUAGACAUUAGCUCAAGAUGCUACGCUCUCUCGGUGGAGAAUGUGUUCCAACUCGUUGAUCAGAGAUGCCCUGGAAGUCCGCCAUCUUACGAAGAGUCCAUUCGGUGCCAGGCAUUGGAACUCGCGGCCUACGGGAGCCAAACAGUUGGCAGCGUGAGGGCCAAAAUGCUCAGCCAGGACAGUGGACUCUCAGCCCUUCUGCCUUUUCGCCAUGGAGGGGAUUCCAGAAAUAUAUGCCAUCGAGAGCCACUUGAUGGACACGGGACUGAGAGCUGGAAACAAAGAAGGACUGUCUGUGCUUCUGUGGAAACAAUAGGGCCAGUGACUGUCCCAAGGAGGCCUGAGCUGCCCCGGCUGAGAACCGUGUCCGAGUCGAAACAGAAGACGAAAUGGGACUACCUGGUGCGGCGAUGUAGUCAGCCGAUCUUUGAGGCCGACCAGCUCCAAUUUGCUAGAGAAUCCUACAUUUAGGAAAGCGGGCUGGACACCAUGACACAGCUGGCAGUGUCUCUGUAAAUGCACGACUGUAGAGAGAACUGCUUUUAGACUCUGUUUUCAAGAAAAGUCGAGAAUAAGCUCCUUUAGAAAAGUUGUGUAGGGCCCAGUUCAGAGAGCAGAGUCCCAGGGGCCACUCAGGUGGUGUCUGUGUGUACUUGAAUCUGGGUGACAGGCAGCAGAUGUAUAAAGUGUUUUCUAGACAGGGCGUCCGGUGCAAAGAUGUCCACAGAAAUAUGUGUAUAUAUUUGUUUGUGAACUUGCUGUCAGCUACAUUGCUGUUCUCUUCCUCCUGGGGUGCUUUUCUAUUGAUUAGUGUUUAAAAAUAAUUGUUGCCUUUUUUAAUGUUGCCUUAAAUGUCAUGACAAUUUUCCCAUUUUCCGGAAACUCUAUGGAAGGGAAAAUGUUAAAACCGCUGUUAGAAGUUUACUCGAAUUAGCAGCUUUGUGAUAACUGAUGGCCACAGUAAAAAGACAAAGGUGGCAAGGCAUAGAGUUCCGUGUUUGCAGUUAUCAAUGGCGUUGCAGACUCCAGUAAAAGAAAAGUAUGGAAAAUACUUUGAUAUGUCCUUUUAAUCAUUGAAUUUUAAAUUUGGGUAGAUUAGUGAAAAUGCAUCGUGUCAUUAUUAACUGAUUUAUAGCACUUUGAGAUUUUUUGUUGUUCAGUGAUGUCUUCUCCGAUAGUGUGGAGGAAAUUACUUUGUGUGUGUUGGAGGUCACGUGUAAAACUUCAACGUAAUUUCACUACAAUAAAU